AUGUCUGCUGAUAAGGAAAAAUCGAAGGUGCACAAGCUGUCCUUGAAAGGGUCCUCGAAGCUGGUGGCAGAAUUUUUUGAAUAUUCUAUCAACUCGAUUCUAUUCCAGCGUGGGGUUUAUCCCCCUGAAGACUUUACAACGGUGAAGAAAUACGGUCUCAACAUGCUCGUGACGGCCGACGAUCAGGUCAAAGCAUAUAUCAAGAAGAUCAUGUCUCAGCUUAAUAAAUGGAUGAUUGGAGGGAAGAUUUCGAAGCUUGUGGUUGUUAUCACAGACAAGGAAACCGGAGAACAUGUAGAAAGAUGGCAAUUUGAUGUACGUGCGACGUAUGUACAAGUCUAUGGCAAGCAAACGCUGACAGGAGUAAAGGUCCAAAUCUUCAGCAAAAGCUCGAAAAGCAAAUCUUCCCAAAAACCAACUGAUAAGGAAAAUUCUGUUCCGGGAGAAUCAAACGCCCAGUCAACAGCUCCAGUUGAAAAGACAGAAAAAGAAAUCCAAGAGGAGAUCCAGGCUAUUUUCCGACAGAUCACUGCAUCUGUGACCUUCCUUCCCGUGCUAGACGGGGACUGUACAUUCAACGUACUUGUCUAUGCUGAUGCAGAUUCGGAAGUGCCCGUGGAAUGGGGAGAUAGCGACGCGAAGGAAAUCAAGAACGCCGAGAAAGUCCAACUAAGAAGUUUCAGUACUAACAACCACCGCGUGGAGACUCUUGUCAGCUAUCGACUUGCGGAUUAA